UUAGCGGAGCAGUUGCAGGAAGAUACAGUAAAGUCCAGGGCAACGCUAAGAAAAUAUAGUAUCGUGCUAGAUUACCGCUAUAUAAUCAUCCACGCCAUCCUCUGCCCCAGUAAAAUAAGAACGAGAGAGGGAAGCAUCCAGUGCGGCACGCCUACGUCACACCGUCCGAGAAAGAGAGCGAGAAGGAGCAGCUGUUAGCAGUUUAACGGGUGUCCUGCAGAUCUAGCGAAAAUAUCUGAUUCGCGGACGCACGUCGGUCAGUGAGCGUUAUUUAGAGAGGUCACAGUUACUUUCCCUGAGACACAGACAGAACAGAAGCCAUGGUAAAGGGAUUUCGAGGGACAGUGACGGACUUUCCCGGCUUUGAUGCCAGCAGCGACGCAGAGGCCUUGUACACUGCCAUGAAAGGAAUAGGUAGUGACAAGGAGGCCAUUGUAGAACUGGUUACUUCCAGAAGCAAUGCACAGAGACAGGAGGUAGUUGCUGCUUACAAGUCUCUCUAUGGAAAGGACCUGAUUGGUGACCUGAAAUAUGAGCUGACCGGAAAGUUUGAGCGUCUGAUUGUGUCUUUAAUGAAGCCGCCAGCAUACCAUGAUGCCAAAGAAAUUAAGGAUGCUAUCAAGGGUGUGGGGACAAACGAGAAGUGCCUGAUCGAAAUUCUGGCCUCAAGAACCAACAAACAGAUCCAUGACAUGGCAGCUGCUUACAAAGACGCUUAUGGCAGGGACAUGGAGGCAGAUAUUGUAGGAGACACCUCGGGCCACUUUAAGAAGAUGCUGGUGGUUUUACUGCAGGGGACCAGAGAUGAAAGUGGUGUAGUGAACGCUGAUCUGGUGGGGGAGGACGCCAGGGAGCUGUACGCUGCUGGGGAGGAGCAGUGGGGCACUGAUGAGGCAUCGUUCAUCAUGUUGCUUGGAAACCGCAGCAUCAACCAUCUGAGGAUGGUGUUUGAUGAAUACCAGGAACUCACAGAGAAGUCGAUAGAGGACAGCAUCAAGAGCGAGCUCUCUGGGGAUUUUGAGCGACUGAUGCUGGCUGUAGUGCAGUGCAUCAGAAGUGUUCCCAUGUUUUUCGCAAAACGCCUCUACAAGGCCAUGAAGGGCCUGGGCACAGCUGAUAACACCCUGAUCCGCAUCAUGAUCUCGCGCUCUGAGAUCGACAUACUGGACAUCCGGGAGUGCUUCCGUCUGCAGUAUGAGAAAUCCCUGUACAACAUGAUCAAGGAUGACACCUCGGGCGAGUACAAGAGAACACUGCUUCAACUGUGCGGGGGAGACGAUGAUCUAGCAGGAGAGUUCUUCCCUGAAGCAGCUCAAAUAGCCUACAAGAUGUGGGAGAUCAGUGCCAUGACUAAAAUGCAGCUGAGGGGUACGAUUCAUGCUGCAUCUGGCUUUGACCCGGGCAGUGAUGCCAAAGCACUCAGGAAAGCCAUGAAGGGAUUUGGCACAGAUGAGGAUACCAUCAUAGAAAUUCUGGCACACCGGAGCAAUGCACAGAGACAGGAGAUCAGACAGGCCUUCAAAUCCAGCUUAGGACGGGACCUGAUGAAAGAUCUAAAGUCAGAGCUGUCGAAGAACCUGUGCCGGCUGAUCUUGGGUCUAAUGAUGACUCCGGCAGAAUUCGAGGCCAAAAUGAUGAAGAAGGCGAUGGAGGGGGCUGGCACAGAUGAACACGCCUUGAUCGAGAUCCUUGUCACAAGAAGCAACCAGGAGAUUCAAGCUAUGAAUGUGGCUUUUGAGGAAGCUUACAAAAAGAGUCUUGAAGACGCCAUCACUUCAGAUACCUCGGGACAUUUCCGUUGCAUCCUGGUCUCACUGGUGCAGGGGGCACGUGAGGAGGGUCCAGCAGACAUUAACAAGGCAAUGGAGGAUGCACAGGAACUUGGCGAUGCGUGCAAUGCAGACUCCAGUGAAAUGGAAAUCAAGUUCAUGAGCAUUCUGUGCAAUAGAAGUUUCCCUCACCUACGCAGGGUCUUCCAAGAAUUCGUCAAAUGCACCAACAAAGACAUUGAACUAAUCGUUAAGAAGGAAAUGUCCGGUGACUUCAAGAAUGCAGUACUCGCUCUUGUACGGAGUGUGAAGAACCAGCCGGGCUACUUAGCCGAUCGUCUGUACAAAGCCAUGAAGGGUCUGGGCACUGAUGACCGGGCCCUGAUCCGCAUCAUGGUCUCCCGGAGUGAGGUUGACCUCUUCAACAUCCGCAAGGAGUUCAAGGACACUCAUGAUGUCUCCCUACACGAGUUCAUCCAGGGUGACACCUCCGGAGAUUACCGCAAAGCUUUGCUCCUGCUGUGCGGCGGGGAGGACUGAACCCCCCCCCCCCCGCCGCCCCUCCCCCAACACUCCAGAGGACCCUGCGACCUCUGCCCCCACCCCCCAGCACACAGUGAAAACAAGGGUUCCAGAUGCCUCCAUCAACAGCGCCGCUGCCAAACUGUUUCCGCCAAAUUGCUCCGACCAACUUCUGAGGUUGAAAUUGAGUGGAGAGAGAGGGACGGGAGGAUUGGAUUUUCUGUUCCUAUUCUGUAAACGUUGCCAUAGCACUGAACAUGCUAAACAGGUGUGCCUGUCUGAGAACCUGUAGACUGACAUGUGAAACAUACAGACGGGUCACCUCUGCUGUGUCCUGUAUUUACCUGUUGUCCUCACUUCCUGGUUUCAUGUUGAUGGCAUUUUUUUCUUACCCUCCCCGAUAAUAAAAGGAGUCCGUCCCACUG